UUUCUGAAGGCUGCGGCGCGUGCCGCAUGCCAACACCGCGGUUGACCUCGUACGACCCUAUUAAUACAAGAUACAUCAGCAGUCACGCAUAGUAUCUCCAAUAUUCCCAACCAUGAAGAUCAUAUGUGCUUGCUUAUAUUUCGCCGGCGUGGUGGGGGUGGUGGUACCAGCGCCGACACCCGCCGACGGGUUUGUCUUCCCAAAUGAGCGCAGAAAUAGGAAACUAGAACCGAUAAUUACUCCUCCCGUUCUACCUGUGUUAGAGCAUUUGGAGAGAGAUCCGAGUACAUUGUUCCCCAAUGAGACGAAUGGGAAAAAGUUUGGACCAGUGAAACCCAGAUUUGGUGGGCAGGUGAAUCCCAAGUUUGGAUUCGGGAGUGGAUUUAACGUUGCCCCAUCAGGAACUGGUGGAUUGACUGCAAGUUUUAGCGGCAGUUCCAAUGGGGCAGGCGCCAGUCAAUCAGCUUCACAGUCUUUUUCUUUCGGGUUCAAUGACGGAUUUAGCGCGUCGCACUCUGCGAGUCAGGCGGCAUCGUUCAACGGAUUCGGAAGUGGAUUCAGCGGUAGUCAAGCGAGCAGCCAAGCCGCAUCUUUCGGAGCUGGUGGCAGUUCUCUCUCCGGCGCCGCGUCUCAAGCCGCCGCGUUUGGUGGCAGCAGUGGCAGCCAGAGCGCAUCCUCGGCCUUUGGCUUCAACUCGCUGUACGGCUUCCAGCCUCAGGCGACUUUUGGCGAUGGCCUUCUCGACAUCCGACACCGUGGAGUCCCUGAUUUUCCCAUCCCGAGCUUCGUAGGCCGCAGCAAGGGAGUAGGAACAGCUGCCUUCAGAAGGAGCAAAUCUGGACCCUCAAGGGGGAAGACUGAUGACGAUUUCUUCGCUAUACUAGUCUCAGAUUAGAUAGGUAUUGUCCGUAGUAAACUUUAUGGCCAUGAAUCAGAAAAUUUAUAAGGCACUUUACGCAGAAUGACCUAAAUUAAACAACCAAAUUUAAGCGCUUUUGAACGUAUAGAUUAUAAGACAUUCUUCAAAAUAAACAUCUUUCACUAUUGAAACCCUUAACAAAGUGGGAGAAAACUAGCUGUUCCAUUCACAUAUGUGGUAAAUGGAUGGAUAUAAACAUUUUGUAUGAAACUAUUUCAUUUCUGAGUUUUGUAGCUACGUGUUUUGUGACUACAAAAACCACUUGAAAUUAGUCAUGUGAUCAAAAGAAUACCUCAUAGUAUUGUCUCGUGUACAGUGACGAAUGUUAUUACAUUCACACGUAAACUCAAAUAACAUUUUUGAAUAAUUAUAAAAUAGCACACAUUCAUAGCUCAGCCCAAACACCAAAACUCACGAGAGAAAUAAAUGUAGGCUAUACAAAUAUUUCUUCCGGCCUGGAAUCAAAUCAGGAACCUCGCAGAACGUAGCAGACCAGCAUGGUAACUGUUCGGCCACAGAGGCAACUGCCUCUGAUGAUAAAUAAAUGAGUUAAUAUAUUUAUAUUAAAUUAAAAAAAUUCUUCAUAAAUGUUCAUAGUCCUUGUUGUCUGCAUACAUUGUGUAAUAACUUACUCUAAGUUAUUACACAAUUUCCACAAAAUUUGUUGAAAUUUAAGAAUACCAGGACCCCAAUUCAGAACUCUUCGAUAUUUUAACCGAAUCGUUCGAUUGGAUAUUGUUCUCGAAUCGAAGGGCGCUUUCUGAGCUAUUCAGAACAUUCCCGAGUCCAACGGCGUUUACAAAGUUAGUCGGUGAAAUAGAUUAUAAGAAAAAUUAAAAAUUAUAAAUUAAAGAUUUCAAAGGCCUAUAACGUAACCUUCGGUUAAAAAACCGACCUCCAAAGUCAUUCAUCCCCUAGUUUGCCACCCUUUGAGGUAGAAUAUUUUCUUGAAAUUUAAAUGGAACCACAUCUGAGGUACCUUCUUUCCAACAAAAAAGAAUAAU